AUGUUUGCUAAGGUUCAAAGCGAACGCCUGCGAUUCAUUCGAUACAACCAGGCUAAAUUACGAUCGGAAGAAUAUAUUCACUUACGAGAUGCUGUUGCUGGAAACAUCGACGGAAAUUUGAAUCCCAAUGACAUCGGUAAGUCUUUCAUUUUACCUUCAAGCUACAUCGGCGGUCCACUGAAUAUGCAGAAAUACAUACAAGAUGCCAUGACUUACGUACGUCAUUACGGCCGACCGGAUUUGUUUAUUACAUUCACGUGUAAUCCGAAUUGGCAAGAGAUACAAACUUUACUAUUACCAGGACAACAAGCAAUUCAUCGUCAUGAUAUAACUGCACUUUUUGGUAUCACACGUUGUUGGCUGUAUACGGUUGAAUGGCAAAAGCGAGGAUUGCCUCAUGCUCACAUUUUAAUUUGGUUUCAAGAUAAAAUCCGUCCAGAAGAAAUUGAUCAAAUAAUUUCAGCCGAAAUUCCAGACCCAUUAAUUGAUCAGGAAUUAUUUGAUAUUGUUACCAAACACAUGAUCCAUGGGCCGUGCGGUGCUUUCAACAUGACCUCAUCAUGCAUGGAAAAUGGAAAAUGUAAGAAAAAAUUCCCAAAGCCGUAUACGAAUGACACCAUUACGAAUAUUGACGGUUAUCCAAUGUAUCGCCGCAGAAAUAGUGAGAAUGGUGGCCACACAUUCACAAUGCAACUACAGAAUUAUCCAAAUCAAGUAGAACUUGAUAAUCAGUGGGUGGUACCAUACUCACCAUUACUUUCAAAAACUUAUGCAGCACAUAUCAAUGUUGAGCUUUGCAGUCCGGUAAAAUAA